CGACAAACCCUAAAUCCCCAAAUUCAUCCCCAAAUCCCCAAAACGCUUCUAUUUCCAGAUUGUGAUGAUGAGCGAAGAAUCUGGAGCGAGUGCAUCAUCAGCUGGUCGAGCAAGAGGAAGAUACGUCGGGGUGCCUAAGAGAUGUUCGUGUGGGGAAGGAAUUGUAGCCAGAAUCUCUAAGUCGGACGCAAACCCAUAUCGGAGAUAUUACCGUUGUGCAUUCGCCGUUGAACAAAAGCUUGUCAAUGACAAUCACACUUUCAAGUGGGUUGAUGAAGCAUUGUUGAAUGAAAUUGAGGCAUCAAAGUUGAGAAUAGAUAGACUUGAAGGCCACGUUAAAGCAAGUGCAACAGAUUGUAUGGAGGCUGAGAAGCACAUGUAUGAGAAGUUACAAUUGAAGCUAGAGUCAGAGAUUUCUGAACGGGUAGAAGAAAGGAUUCUUGAAGCCAAAUCGGAUAUGAAGAAAUUGCUGUUGCUUGUGUGUUUUGGAGGUGUGAUAAUCCUUGGUUGUAUUAAACUUGUGUGA